AUGUACCACUCGUUAGGAGCUAUCGUCUAUACUACGCUCUGGCUGUGUUCCUCGUAUGCCUUGCCCAACAGCGUGGAGGUCUCUGUACCCGCGGUAUCGCCAAACACCUCGCAGCCGCUGUAUCCCACCCUUUUGUCCUUCUCUAUCGAGCAAGAUCGGUGGCCCGACUGGAGUGGUAUCGAUGCACGCAACGAGUUCACGUACAGCGCUCUGCAAGGGCUGGCCGAGCUCACCGGAAUGCCUCCGAAAAUCAGGGUAGGGGCGGAUUCGGAAGACCACACUGUCUGGUCUCCGACUAUGACGGUCAAUCAAGAUUUGUUUCCUCCUUCCAACGCGAUCACCCCUUACCCCGAGGCAACGUACAUCACCGUAGGCAAUGAAUACUACACACUUUCACGCUGGCUUCCAGCAGGUACUCAUAUGGUGUGGGGCGUGAAUCUCGGGUUCAACAACAUAACCAACGCGGUUAAUAUGGCAAGAGCGAUCGUCAGUGCCUUCCGCCUGCCCUCUGUGAUUAGUUCUGGCGUCGUCCUCGAACGCAUUGAAGUUGGUAACGAAGCAGAUUUGUAUGGCGACAACGGCCUCCGCUCAUCAUCGAACUGGACUGUCGAGGCAUAUGUACCUGAUUGGGAGUCUGUUGCCGGUCCUGUAGUGGAGGAGGCGGGUAUUGAGAGUAGGUAUGGCCCAGUGACGUUACAAGGGGCUGCGUUUGCCUCGCAGGCAUUCACGCCUCGCGAGAUCUUCGCGCUCGGGAUCUUGGAGAGUACGCCAGGAUCGACGAUCUCAACCAUCUCGCAGCAUCAGUAUUCGGCUGCAUUCUGUAAUGGUGGCGCAUUAGGCUUGGUGUCGUUCAUGAACAAGACAUCUAUCCGCGGCAAUCUUACUGUGUUCGAAGAUGACAUCGCUGCGACGUACGCGAAGGGACUUACCUAUGUUAUCGGAGAGACGAAUAGUGUUGCGUGCCAUGGUGCACCAGGCGUGAGCAACACAGCCGGUGCCGCACUUUGGGUGAUCGAUGACACCCUUUUCGCAUCAACCAUCUCGAUCCGAGAGCUGUACUUCCACGAAGGUAUCGGAUACAAAUACAACUUUAUCCAACCGGUCACUUUGAAUUACUCCACGAUCGACGGCACCCCACUCGAUCCACCAGCGCCCCCACACAUCCAGCCCGCGUACUACGGCGCUCUAGUCAUCGGAACCUUUGUCGGCACCUCCGGAUCCUCCAAGAUCGUCGAGUUGGACGUGCCCAACGCGAACGUGAGUGGUUACGCUGCGUUUGAGGCAGGACGGCUCGCACGUGUGGUCUUCGUGAACCUCCAAGCGUGGAUCACGAAUAGUACUGGCACACGGCCAUCAGUACACAUCGACCUCAACUUCGCUUUGAACGGCGUGGCCACGUCUCCACCUGACGUGGCGAAUGCGCGGAGGCUCGUCAUCCAGCAUGCCGACGAUACACAAAACCUCACGUGGGCGGGGCAGAGUUAUGAGGAGACGUCGGACGUGAGCCCUACCGGCCCGUUGGUGAUCGAGGGUGUGGACCUGGUGCAGGGAUUCGACUUGAACGCAACGGAGGCGAUCUUAAUUGAGUUUUCCUAG